GUGCCUUCCUGUUGCCAAUUCCCUUGGUUCCCAUGGUUCCAUGGUUCCUUCCCUUCCCCAUGGCAUGGAUCUCGCUCGUCUCUCAUCUCAUUUUUCUCCCGUAAUGCCCCUCUCUCCCAUCCACACAAUUCCAGAUCCUGUGCCGUUGGUCCCGCUCUUCUGCUCUUCUGCUCUUCUGCGCUGCUUCUUCUCCUCCCUCAGACAAUACAGCAUUCAUGCAUGUGCGCAUCUCUCGCCGGUGAUGUAUGGCGAAAAGUCCUGGGACCCAGCAGCAGCCCUCUGCACCCACUCGCGUCAACUUUGCACAAUCCUUGCUCGGGAACACGACCCUCUGCAUACCGCCUGCAUAUCUGGUGCCUCCACCCCUACCUUACUCUAUCUUUGCCAAGAUGGGGUGUGGUGAUACUCAUAGCCUUGGCUGGCUAGGAGGGUAGUGACUAGACAAGCACCAAGGCAUAGAGGGGCAGCAUCGCCGUUAUCGCCUGCACAGAAUUCCCUCUUAUGGGCAUAUAUAACACCAGUGACAUCCCUUCAUAACAAUCACUACAUGGCACUCCCAACAGCACAUGUUGUCACCCUUGACCAACCACCCUGAUCUAGGUUGAUCUUUGACUAAUUACUCUCAUCUCACAGACCUCAUUUACACUGCUCCCUUGUUAAUUCCAAUCAGAGCGCCUCGACCUUGAUCCCAAUAUCCUCCAACUACAUUACUCGAUUCAUGAUCCGGCAGUAUGGGCAAGCAGGAGAGGGCAGCUCAGAACUACCCUAAACAACCAUUCUUACUCACAGUAGACGAAACUGUCGAACACACUGCAACAUGCCUCGACUCGGGUCUGACGGACGUCCAAGUCCAGCAGUACCAAGACAAGUAUGGCCCCAAUCGACUCGAAGGUGACGGAGGAGUUGCUUGGUACUCCAUUCUGGGCAAGCAAAUUUCCAAUGCCAUGAUUUUGGUUCUGGUCCUUGCAAUGGCCUUGUCAUACGGCGUCCAAGACUUCGUGGAAGGCGCCGUCAUCACCGGUGUCAUCGUCCUCAACGUCACCAUCGGAUUCUAUCAAGAGUUUCGCGCGGAAAAGAAAAUGGAUGCUUUACGCUCGCUCUCUUCUCCCUCUGCAAAUGUUGUCCGCAAUGGCAAUGAAUCUACCAUCCCCUCAGGUGAAGUGGUCCCCGGUGACAUUGUCUCCAUCAAAACAGGCGACACCGUUCCUGCAGAUAUCAGACUUUUCGAGGUCAUGAAUCUCGAAUGUGACGAAGCAAUCCUGACCGGAGAAGCUCUUCCUGUUGCCAAAGAAGUAGAUUUCGAGGCCAAAGGAUCAAUUGCAAAAGAGGAUCUCGGCCUAGGUGACCGCCUUAACAUCUGUUAUUCCUCGUCCACCGUCACCAAAGGCCGUGGUCGCGGCAUUGUCGUCUAUACGGGCAUGUCCACUGCCAUCGGUGGCAUCGCCGCUUCUAUGCAAAAGAAGCGUCGCAAGCCGAAUCGGUCCAUGUCGCGUAAGAAACAUGGACCUCUACAGCCCAUCAAGGGAGGUACUCUGCGCGCUUGGGAUAGUGUCUUGAAAUUUCUCGGCCUUACAGAGGGCACACCCCUACAAAUAAAGCUUAGCAAGCUUGCCUACGUCCUCUUUGGCUGCGCUCUUCUCCUUGCCAUCAUCGUCUUUGGUGUCAAUCGCUUCCACGUUACCAGUGAGGUGGCCAUCUAUGCAAUCUCAACUGGCAUUGCCAUUAUUCCUGAGUCUCUCAUUGCUGUCCUCACAAUCACAAUGGUCGUUGGUAUGACCCAAAUGAGGAGGCGGAAAGUCGUCGUUCGACAGCUGAGCGCCCUGGAAGCUCUCGGCGGCGUCACAAAUAUCUGCUCUGAUAAGACUGGUACGCUGACACAGGGAAAGAUGGUUGCCAGAAAGGCCUGGAUCCCCGGUGUUGGCAUCUACAGUGUAGAAAAUUCGAACAAUGCUUCCGAUCCAACCGAAGGCACCAUCACCUUUGGCCUGGCACCAAAAUCCCGCAAGGAGGUUGACGCAGAGAGGCUUGCUCGGCAAGAAGCUCUUGACCAAAAGCGAUCCAUCGCCAACGUGGCCUUUGAUGUUCCAAAAGAAAAAUUUGAAAAGGAUAAUCACGGUAGUGAACCCCAACAGACUGUUGUGAAGCAGAAUCCCGAAGUCACCCCAGAACUACAGGCUUUUCUCGAGUCUGCCGCACUCUGCAAUCUUGCAACUGUCCGCAAGGUCACAGAAGACGGUCAAGAGAAAUGGAAGACUGCCGGCGAUCCAACCGAGAUUGCCCUUCAGAUUUUUGCACAUCGAUUCAAUUUUGGCAAGACAGUACUCAAGGAGCAAGGCUGGCUGCAAACCAUGGAAUAUCCCUUCGAUAGUUCUAUCAAACGCAUGUCUGUCGUGUACAAAAAGCCUGAGGAGGAGCAGUCACUCAUUUUUACCAAAGGCGCCGUGGAACGCAUUCUCGAUCUCUGCACCACGGCCGGUGUCGCAGACAAAGUACAAGAAAUCACACCAGACUUCAAAGAGCACAUCUUGGAACAAAUGACUUUCCUUGCCGAGCAAGGUUUGCGUGUGCUUGCGAUUGCUCGUAAGUUUACCGCUGUGGCCAUCCAUGAGCAUAAAGAGGUUCCACGUGCCGAGGUCGAGAAAGACCUGUGCCUGUUGGGACUUGCUGGACUCUACGACCCACCUCGACUGGAAACCAAAGGCGCCGUUCAAGCAUGUACAACCGCUGGUAUUACUGUGUCCAUGCUGACUGGCGACCAUCCAUCAACCGCGGCCGCCAUUGCGAAGGAGGUUGGCAUCAUUCCCAAGAACAUGGGUGCAUUGGCUCCGGAAGUUGCUGCCGCAAUUGUCAAGACAGCAAUGGAAUUUGAUAAGAUGACUGACGAAGAAAUUGACAAGUUGCCAACACUACCUCUUGUCGUGGCUCGAUGCGCGCCGGAAACAAAAGUUCGGAUGAUCGAAGCCCUCCACCGUCGUCACAAGUUUGCUGCAAUGACCGGCGAUGGCGUGAAUGAUUCACCCUCGCUGAAACUUGCAGAUGUUGGCAUCGCUAUGGGUCUCAAUGGAUCGGACGUGGCCAAGUCUGCUUCUGAUAUUGUUCUGACAGACGACAAUUUUGCGAGUAUUGUCAACGCGGUGGAGGAGGGCCGACGCAUGUUCGACAACAUCCAGCGUUUUGUCCUCCAUCUUCUUACGUCCAACGUGGGUGAAGUCAUCCUGUUGAUCUGUGGACUUGGAUUCCAGGACGAUAGCGGUUUCUCUGUGUUCCCUCUGUCACCUCUACAAAUUCUCUGGAUCAACAUGCUCACCUCCUCGUUUCCCGCGUUUGGUCUCGGCCGGGAGAAGGCGUCUCCUGAAGUCAUGGAGCGGCCACCUCACGAUAACAAGACAGGUGUCUUCACUUGGGAGCUCAUCACCGAUAUGCUGGUGUACGGCACCAUUCAAGGGACAUGUUGUCUGAUGACUUUCAUUUUCAUCGUUUAUGGUCCAGGACCGGAUGGACUUGGCCAAGAUUGCAACCAUCAUUAUAGCGAAUCUUGCGAUGUCGUGUUCCGGGCUCGAGCAGCAGUCUUUGCAGAGCUUACCUGGUUGAUUCUUAUCUCUGCGUGGGAGUUCAAAGCCAUGAGACGGAGCAUGUUCCGGAUCAAUCCUCAUGACACACACCCAUUUCCCUUCUUCAAAGACAUCUGGGAGAAUCAAUUCCUCUUCUGGUCUGUCGUGAUUGGCGCGCUGUCGGUGUUUCCUGCAGUCUACAUUCCUGGCUUGAACACGGAUGUUUUCAAGCACAAGGGGAUCACGUGGGAGUGGGCACCUUGCGUCAUUUGCGUCUUUAUCUUUGUUGGUGGCAUGGAAGCCUGGAAGUUUGCCAAACGAACGUUUGGCUGGUUCGAAGCUGAAGAGACAGAAGGCAUGAAGGCAAGGCGGCACGCUCGGACUGCAUUGGGUCUCAAGCAAGGCUUUUUCACGCUCGCUCGCAGCUUUACCAAGUCGCGCAGCGAGGAGAAGAGGUCGAUAAGUCGGGCGAGCAGCUUCAGGCCUGACAGGCUUGAUCACGCACCUCCUCAGCUCCUGAUGCAAAAGCAGGAAGUUUAGAAGUUGGGGGUUGAUGUUUGAUUAACGCGGACCGUGUCAUGGACAGACUGGCGUUUGGGGCGAGUGUGGUAGAGAAAACCAACUUGUAUUGGGACAACAGGUAACAAGACGUAAGUGACUCUCGGGCGGAGAUUCAGGCUGUGACAUGUUGAGAUAGACUAGAUUGUAUGCUUACGAGGAAAUGGGUCUCGAGCGACACGAGAAGCGUCAGCAAUUUGAUUUAAUAUGAAGCCGUCAGCAGUGCCAUUGUUUGGAUGCAUGGCUUCAAGCUGUUUAGAUAAGACAAGAUAACGAGUAAGAAAUAUACGCGAUGAUGACAUUAA